GAGAGAAAGAGAGAGAGAAUUCGGUCUUGGCUAUGGCCGGACUGUAAAAAUGGCUCCUUCUUAUCCUCCCCAUAAUCUCUGCUCCUCGGGGGUCUGCGAGUCCCCGAGCUGCUGCUGUCACUGGCAAGCCCGGGCUCUUUCCUCUCUGCAUGAGUGGAUCCAGAAGUUAGCAGUCUCCUCUGUGUGUGUGUGUGUGUGUGUGUGUGUGUGUGUGUGAUUUAACUUGCUGAAGGCGGCAUGGGGCUGCGGUUGGCUGUGGGUGGGAAUGUAAAUUGGAUUUUAAAAAGCGCCUGUAUGAUCCUGCACUGAGAAGUGGGAUUUAAUUAGCCAGCGCUUGCAAAAGUAUCUUUGCUAGAGAAGGAGAAAUAUGUUGCCAGCAACAAUAGAAAAUGCAAUCAGACCUGAAAAUCAGCGGCUAGCGCACAGGAUUGAAGGGUAGAGAAUACAUUUGUAAAGAGCGCUGGCCCUGGGAAUUGCAGGUGAGAGAGCCUGAUUUCCGUAUCUGGAAAAUCUCUUUCCAGCAAUAUUUAAAGACCGUUCUAAACCCUCAGCUUCAUAGGCUGAUAGGUCAGUAUUAUGUGAUAGAGACUAACCAGCAUAGCUUCUAAGCAACAUCAUGCUCUCAGCCUUUCCAGACUACUGUCCCCCUUUCUGGAGUCUGAUUUGUCUUGUGUACCCCCAAGUUUCACCUCACUUAAAAACGACUUGCUUAAAAAAAUCAGACUUAAAAAUACAUGAGACUCACAGCAUGCUAUUACUGAACAGUUGCUUUCUUUCUCAUUGUUACCAUAUCAUUAGAAAACAAAUCAAUUGGAAUAUAAAUAUUGUACUGACAUUUCAGUGUAUAGUAUAUAGAGAAGUAUUAACAAAUCAUUGUCUGUAUGACAUUUUAGUUUGUACUGACUUUGCUGGUGUUUUUAUGUAGCCUCUUGUAAAACUAGGCAAAUAUCUAAAGGAGCUGCUGUACCCCCUGGAAGAGAACUCCAGGUGGAGAACUACUGCAAAUAGUAGACAAUGGAGAAGCAGUAGACAGGUUUAAUUUGGACUGUCAAAAACUUUGACAAAGCCCCUCACAAAAAGGUUAUGAAGGAAACUAAAUGAUGAUGGGAUGAGAGGUAAAGUUCUGUUCUGGGUUGGAAAUUGGCUAAGAGACAGGAAACAGGAUCAGAGGGGUAGAAGUGAGGUUCUUACCCAUGAAAGCUUAUGCUCCCAAUACUUCUGUUAGUCUUAAAGGUGCCACAGGACCCUCUGUUGCUUUUUACAGGAAACAGUAGGUAUACAUGGCUAGUUAAUGAAGAGGCAAAAACUUAAUAGCAGGUCCACACUAGGAGGUUUAAUAUAUUGGUGAUUCGGAAAUGGAGUGGCCUCCUUUGCAGAUAACUAACUGCAAGAGUUUUGAGUCAAUGAUUAACUCGUAACCAUUAACUAACCCAGCUGGGCAAGUCCGUGUCAAUGAAUGCCCUGCAAUGCACAAUGGAGAGAAUGAUUUGAACCCACUGCUGGGUUGUAAAUUGGUGGAAGUGGGUGAAAACAAAUGGAGGCAAUUUUCAGUGACUCGAGGCAUGGGUUCCCGACUCCACAGGACUUGCUUUUGUGGUUGACUAAGAAGAUUUGUGUCCGCUGCCCAAGGAAAAAGAUUUAAAAAGUAGAAAAUAGUUUAGCUUUGAAACACGGGCUAAAACCAGAACAAAUACACCAGCUGAGCAAGCACAGACACUGGACAGGCACUGCUCGGAUUUACCCUCUGCAUGUGGCCCAGGGUAGGUGGGACUGGCACAUGGAAAUCACAUGGGAUAGACCAUCAACACAGAACCCCUCAUAAUGCCUUUUCCAGAGUCCCUGCUUGGGACAGAUCAGUAUUUUAACUCUUCCUUUCUGCUUCCCCCCAGGCUUUUGCCUCUUUUCCCCACCUGACCCCACCCUGAAAUCAAGGGGCGUAAUUCUCCAUCUGCCUUGCACUUUGUUGCAGCCUGGUCGCAUCCAUGCAAAGCAAAUGCAAAAGGUCCAACAUUCUGAUCUGGUUUGACUUUUGCACCCACCCUGCAUAGAUGUAAAUGAUCCACCUCCAGGGGUAAUUGUAACACACUUAAAGACCUAGAUUGUAUGGCCAGAAGGGACCUCUUUGGUCACUAGUCAGACGUCCUGUGUAGGAUUUCACCUGGAGAUUCAUGCAGUGAAGGUGGGGAUUUUAUUCUUGAUCCUUAUAAAGUGUGUGUCACCCUCUCGGAGGACAGAGGCUGCUGUAAGAGGCUAUUACUGGCACCAGCUGCUGAAGUUCCUCCUUUAGUUCAAGAGGCUUAAAUAUGUGCUUUGGUGCCAGAAGGCUCUGUGUUCUAAUUCUGCUACUGACCUUUCUCUGUGCGUGGCUCUUUCACAAGGCUGUGGGAACCCUUGUACCCUUAAUUAUUGGGCUCAAGAGAGGUUAUUGUAAUUUGAUGUCCAUGUGGAGCUGAAAUUUAGCCAACGGAUUAGGGUCAUUUCCUUGGGGAUAGGCAAACUGGAGGCUUGACUGCCAUGCGGCAGUGAAAGAGGACCGUGUUUUGUAUAUUGCUUGAAAAUCUUACACUGUUUCAGGACUGAAGUUAUGAAAAAAUUUAAACCAAGCCCUUUUCUCCAAAUUUCCUGCACCAAAUGCCAUGGGAUAAAAUCGCAAGAAUACAACAAUGAGUUUCCAGCCUCCUAAACUGCAGAGACGCUUGAAAAUGUGACCCCUAUAGGCUCAAAAAACAGAGGCCGUUGGGCGAGGCAGGAGCCGCGUCUCACCAUGGAGCAGUAUGUGCUGCUGGACCCCCGGCAGAGGGCCCUGUACCGGGAUGUCAUGCAGGAGAGUUACGAAACCCUGAUGGCCCUUGAAUUUCCACUUUCCAAGCCUGACCUGCUCUCCCGGCUGGACCGAGGGGAUGAGCCGACAGCCCUGGAUCUCCACAUGCCCAGAGGUGGCCAGGCAGCAGCAGAUGGCACUGCCAGUGGGAAAGAAGAAGAGAAACCCCAGCAAGCGAGCCCGGAGGAGCCGGCCUCGGAAAAAGCCGACGGCGCUGGGAAGGCUCCCCAAAGCCCCGAGGCGGGGGAGAAGCCGCCGGCUAACAGCGGGGAGAGCCCCAACACUUGCCCCGAGUGUGGCAAGACCUUCAGCCACAAGUCGGCACUGGCCAAGCACCAGAAGAUCCACACAGGCGAGAGGCCCCACAAAUGCCCCGACUGUGGCAAGACCUUCAUCCAGCGUUCAGACCUGACCAUCCACCGGCGGGUGCACACCGGGGAGCGCCCCUACGCUUGCCCCGACUGCGGGCGCCGCUUCAGCGUCAGCUCCUCCCUGCUGACCCACCAGCGCACCCACGCGCCAGGUGGCGAGAAGCCCAACCGCUGCCCGCAGUGCGGCAAGAGCUUCACCGACCCCAACGCCCUGGCCCGGCACCAAAAGAGCCACCUGGGCGGCAAGCCAUACGAGUGCGGCGUCUGCGGCAAGGCCUUCGCCUGGAGCUCCCACCUGGAGCGGCACCAGCGCAUCCACACCGGAGAGAAGCCCUUUCAGUGCGGGGAAUGCGGCCGGGCCUUCGCCUGGAGCUCCCACCUGGACCGCCAUAUGCGCACCCACGCAGCGGCCGUGGAGGAGGAGGAGGCCGAGGAGGAAGCCCCGCCCCCGCCUCAGAGAUGUGCCGACUGCGGUAAGCGCCUCAACCACCAGACGGACCCGCAGCGCUUCAAGCACAAGGGGACGCAGACCCAGGAUGGCGGCGGGGUGGUAGAGGGGCCCGACCAGGUUGAGGAGAGUGGCCCUGAGCGGCCCCACCGCUGCCAACAGUGCGGCAAAUGCUUUAGCCAGAGCUCGAACCUGCUCAAACACCAGCGCGUGCACACGGGCGAGCGCCCCUACGCCUGCCCGGACUGUGGGCGCCGCUUCCGCUGGGGAUCGGCCCUGGCCAAACACCGGCGCACCCAUGCCCGGGAAAAGCCUGCUGAGGACCCGGUGCCAGCCCAUGACACCGGCAAGCCGUACCCGUGCGGGGCCUGCGGGAAGAGCUUUGGCUGGAUCUCACACCUGGAGCGUCACCGGCGCAUCCACACGGGAGAAAAGCCCUACCGGUGCGGGGAGUGCGGGCGGGCCUUCGCCGUCAGCUCCCACCUGGAGCGGCACCGGCGCAUCCACACCGGCGAGCGGCCCUACCGCUGUGGCGACUGCGGCAAAAGCUUUGCCGUCAGCUCCACCCUGCUGGCUCACCGGCGCACCCACGCCACCCGGGAAGGGAGGCCUCACCAGUGCCCCGACUGUGGCAAAGGUUUCACCGCUGCCGCAGCCCUGGAGCGGCACCGCCGGCUGCACCGGGGUGAGAAGCCUUACCAGUGCGGCGUUUGUGGCAAAGGCUUCGCCUGGAGCUCACACUACGACCGGCACCGGCUCACCCACACCGGAGAAAAGCCCUUCCCUUGCGCCCAUUGUGGCAAGCGCUUCGGCCGCAGCUCCCACCGCAACCGGCACCAGCGGGCCCAUGCCCAGGCUGGCGCAGAGAAACGGCACGUCUGUCCCGACUGCGGCAAAGCCUUCAGCCUCAGCGCGGCCCUGGCAGCCCACCAGAGACUCCACGCCGCCGGCACCAACAGCCCACUCUCCCUGCUGCCGCCCACCUGGUGGGAGGCUGAGAGGAGGACCGGGACAACCACGCCACCGCCUGAGGCCUGGGCUGAGGAUCCUGCCACCCACUUCCAAUGCCCUGUCCCCUCCUCCCUGACUGCCGCCCCCCGGGCCUGGGCAACCAAGUCUCUCUCAGCUCCCGGCGCAUGGAGACCAGGGGAAAGGGAGGCCAGUGUUGCUGCCCCUCCAGAGAGCUGGGCCCAGCAACCUCCUCCCAGCUCCUAACAUGGCUAAGCAGGGUGUGUGGGGGGGGAAGGGGGAACCCCUGUCUUUGGAGUGAGCCAGAAACACCCCCUGCCCUGGAGGGGGCUGGGUGGGGGACUGGCAUGUUCUCCCCCCAGCCAGGGUAUUCUUUGAGGGUGGGGGGGGGCAAUUUCCCCCCUCGCACUGGCAACAUUAUUCACUGCUGAUGCAGGAAAAUGGGCCUUGAGCCGCCUGGUAGCUGAGACCCCCUUCCCCCCACACCCUGAAUGCCAUAGAGCCAGGGGGUUCCCCCCACCCACCCCAUACCCAGGCGGAAAUGAGAGCUAGAAGGGUGGAGGGCUGGGUCUGGGAUAGGGACUAGAUGAGAGGGAGGUGGGGGGGACAUCAAGCAGGGGGGAUGAGAGUUGGGGACUGGGGGUGUAGGAACCAGAGGGGGCAGCGGGGGGUGGGUGGGAAGCAGAGCGAGGUGGGGUGGGCUGAGUGUUUAGUGUUCAGGGAGUUGGAUGGGAAGCAGAUGGAGCUUGCAGUGUAUGGGUGUGCUGAGGGCGGAGGGGUAGAGAUGGGCUGUGGAGUAGAGAUGGGAUUACGGCGGUGCAGCCCCCCUGAUGUGACUUUUUCCACCUGCUCCGCUCCAUUUGCCUCUGUGCUUUCACCGGCUCAGAAGGAAAUGGGGGAGACCUCAGAGCAGACAGGCGUGGGGGAUGUGGGGCAGAGGUUGGGGGAGACACAACCAGAGAGAGAGUGGCGAGGGAGGGAGAUCUGUCUCUGGAGCAGAAUGACUUUGGAGCGGCGCGUGGUUCACCAGUGGAACUCCCUGCUGCUGUAGACACCUGGAGAAAUAAGCACAGCGAAGGGCCUCUGUGGCUGGGAAUCUGCCUUGUUAUAGCUAUUUAAAGGGGGGGGGCAGUGACCCAGUGCCUGACGAAGGUAUGAAAUUUGGCCUUAGAGCCACAGAUGCACAAGCCCCGCUCCAUGGGACCUGACCUUCUUUCAGGAUGCCAAAGGCAAGGCUCAGAACUCUGCCUUGCUCCCUGCUCCAGGGGGAUGAAUUCACCCAGCACCGUGCAGAGCAGCAGCUGGUUUCCAUGGGCCCUCCCCUUUGCGGGAGGCCUAGAACAGCCUUUGUGGGCCCAGGGAAUCUGAUGUCAAUAGCAUUAGCUUUGGGGUGUCACAUUUAUAUGGUUCCCCCCACUUUCUGUUAGCCUGGGAGGGGUCGCAUUUAUAUAGUUCCCCCUCCAUUCUCUUAGCUUUAGGGUGUCAUGUUUAUACUGUCCUUCCCCUCCGGAGCCUCCGGGAAUCUCAUUCUAACUGCUCCCAUUAGAUUCUGCGUGACGCAUCCCAUGCUAGACAAAGGAUGGUUAGAAAGGCUGAGCUAGUAUAUUUUCUACCUUUAUCUUUGGUUGCACUAACGCUGGGUCUGACUGUGCUUCCCUGGGUGGGUGUCAAUGGAAAAAUCCUCUCUGGCCUCUUGGGGCCAGUUGGUUAAGUAGCGAUGCUCACAGCUAGAGACGGAGACGGACCGAACUGGGGAAGGAAGUUACUGCCUGAGCUCUGCAGUGAUGUCAGACAGUCAGGGAGUGAAGGUCAAAGAUAACAAUGCUGGGAAAUGGCAGCGUUUGCUCUUCAGAGCCAGCCAGCUGAGAACUGUAAACUCGCUGCACUGGGACAGACAGGAAAUGUCCUGUGAGUAUCAGGGGAAGCGGCUCUGAAUCCUAAAGAGCUACCAAUGACACCCCAAGAGGAGGGAAGUAAACAGGCCAGGCUGAGUCCAUCAGUGAGGAGGCCACAGGGAGUCGGGAACCCUGACAGCUCAGCUGCCGGAAUCCGCCUCCUUCCUGGGAGCCCAGCUGCUGGCAGACAAGGGGCUAACGCUACGUCUCCUAGUUACCACAGCAGGUGACUCCUUGGACCUGGGUUCUCCCAGCCGGAUCAUUGGCUUUUGUCACUGGCUCGAGCUGUUUGUCUCAGGGAAGGGCCUGAAAGGUUGGCUUAUUGUUGAGGGAGGUAGGUCCUGGGACAGAGAUGGGUUGGGAAUGGCAUGGGGGUGGAGUUGGGCCAUGGGCACAGAGGUGGGACGAGGGUUUAACUUUUGACUUCCUUGCUUUGGAUUAGAGGGUAAUAAAGUAGAAUGUAGUUUAGCAAAACUCAAUGUGUCUGGAGUCGUUCAUCUUAAAGAACAGGAGGGAGAGAGAGGGAGGGUGUGUGUGGUGGAGGAGGGGUGUUGAGAGACAGAAGGAAGUGUAUUUGUCUUUGCUGCAUCCAUCUGUGGUGAGAGCCCAAACAAUAAUAUCCAGCUUUUACUUAGCGCUUCUCAUCCGCAGACCUCAAAGUAUUAUACAAAGGCAGUCAUCAGUGGGAAUUUUCUGUAAUAUUUCAAUGACUCCUAGGCAUGCCUCAGUUUCCCUUGGUACGCUGCAUUGCUACCCCAUGAGUGCAAAAGGGUUAACGCUGCUCCUGGAACAGUGCAGGAGAUGGGUGUGCAGCCCCUCGCUGUCUAGGAGAAAUGACUGGGUCAUUGAGGAACUGAUUGAAACUGACCCAGAUCAACAGAGGAUCCAGCAAGACAAAGUGAGACCCACCCAAGGACUGAACAAUCAAUGCCUAACAGGAAAUCCCAGCAGGCAGGACAUGUGAACUGGACUAAGAGCUGCCCUUUUGGAGGGACACAGGAACUGUGAGCUGGGCAGAUGAAGGGGAGGGGGAGACAGGGAGGGAGUCCAUCGCAACUUGGCUCUUGGCAUUUGCUUGGCCAGGAUGGACUAGCAUAAUUUCUGCCUCUCUCUGCUGCCCCGAGGCCUUUCAGAUCCGGUGUGUCAAGUGACUAAUAAAUGGCUCCCUUGUUUAAAAAAA